AUGGCGAAUCCAGGGCAAUCAAAGGGAUGGAUUAAGAACUGGUCUUCAAUAGCUUCACUCGUUUACUUCCUCUUGAUUAUACUCCAGAUCCCUCUCUUCAGGGUUCCAUGUAGAUCUGGUAUGUGUAUGUCACCUAUUCAUGUGACAUCGUCUCAGUUGAUUUCUAGUGAGAUCUUUCCUGUUCCGGUGAUUAAGGCUCUCCUAUACCCUGGUGCUGUUGUCAAUGGUCUUGCCACGAACAUGACGUUUCCAAACUGGGAAAAUGUUUUGGAUAUAUACAAUCUCACCAGUGUGAAAGAAGCAUCUGCAGUGCCCGAUCUUCAGCGCCUAGAGGUUCUUGCAGGGAGCUACUUUUCUGUAGCUGGGGCGUUUGUGGGUCUGCUAAAGCCCGGAAGGAUGGGCAUGUUCGGGUCAUUGCUACUAGUUUGGGGUCUUGUCAAAGAAGGAAUCUUAGGGAAGCCACCAAAUACCGACCCAACCAGAGCCGUUUAUGUGUACCCGACCAUGGUGAUUGCGAUGAUCUGCGCUUUCUCUAUGAUAAAGUAUGACUUGAAGAAAGCCACGAGGGCCGCUCCUGCUCGUCCUAUAGCUAAACCUCUCAUGAGCUCUUCAAAAUCUAAGCUCAAAACUGAGAGGCCUAUAACAGUCACCACAAGAGAUUCAGAUGACUUGGUAAACGUGUGGUACCGCAAAUUGAAGAGUAUUUGUGAGAAGGAGUCAAGAUUUGGCGUUGACAUAUUAAAUUCUGUCCGUAAUUCUUUAUUUUUCUCCAGCAGUGCAAGAAAGAAGUUGUCUCUCAUUUUUACACAACUCAAGGCUCUGGUUCUGUUGAAAGUCAUAGGAGACAUGGAUCAGAAUCAGGCAAUUGUGGAGCGUCAAGGUGAUCCCCUUGUACCUGAGAGGCUGCGAAGAUUGAACCCAGAUGCGUAUGUGCCUCGGGUUGUAUCCAUCGGGCCCUUACAUCACGGUAAAAAAAAACUUCAAGCCAUGGAAGAUCAUAAACUGAGGUAUCUGCAGAGUUUUAUUCCUAGAACACCCUUAAGUUUAGAGGACCUGGUUAGAGUUGCAAGGUCAUGGGAAGAAAGCGCUCGUUUCUGUUAUGUCGAAGAUAUAAGACUUAAUAGUAACGAAUUUGUGAAGAUGCUAAUCGUUGAUGCCAGCUUACUAGUAGAACUUUUCUUAAGGUCUCAAUUUGAUGUAGACAGAGGUAUGCUGGAUAGGAUAUACGGGAAGCAAAAGAUGAUUGUCGAUGUGAACCAUGACAUAAUGUUGCUUGAAAAUCAGCUUCCAUAUUUUGUUGUGGAGGGCAUGUUUGGAUUGCUACAUGAUGACUACCGACGGGGACAUCCCCCUCUUACUCGAAUCAUUCACGGCCACUUCAAGAAAUUCUGGAUGAGCAUCCCUUCAUUUUCGACAAGCAUUUCUGAUUCAGAGACCUGCCAUUUUGUUGACCUCCUGAGGUCUAUUCACCUGCCUUCGGUUUUGAGCUUUCCAGGAAGAAGCAUGAGGACGAAUGACUCUACACUGAGUGCAAAAGAGAUUCGAAAUGCCGGCGUGAAGCUCAAGCCUGCAGACAACAACACGUGCCCCCUCCACAUAAGCUUUGCCAAUGGAGUUCUUAUGGUUCCCAAAAUCAAAAUCAGCGACAUCACAGAAGCUCUAUACAGAAACAUCAUCUUGUUUGAGCAAUGUCAUCGUUUAGAUGCUUACUUCAUCCACUAUAUGAGGUUCCUCAGUUGCUUCGUAAGAUCCCCUACGGAUGCUGAAUUGUUCGUCGACCAUGGGAUCAUCGUGAACAGGCGUGGAAACGCAGAAGACAUUUCGAAGCUGUUCAAUAGCGUAUCGAAGGGGACAACUCAAACAAGUUACAGCGGUUUUUACUAUCAGACAAUAUAUGAGAAUCUACAGGCGUAUUGCAACACGCCUUGGAACAAAUGGAACGCAACUCUGAGACGUGAUUAUUUCCACAAUCCUUGGUCAGCUGCUUCUGUUGUGGCUGCACUUGUUCUUCUCCUUCUUACUUUCAUACAGGCUCUAUGCUCUGUCUUAGCCUUGUGA